CCAGCUGCGGCCUCGACGUCGACAGCAGCGCCGCCCGCAAAGGGAAGAGCCUUAUAAAGCUGCCGCUCCUCCGGCCAGAGCGACUCUCGCUGCGCUGUCUCAGAAGUGUGCGCGAGGCCCUGAUCAGACCUGAGACCCACUUCCGACGGAUCCCGAUCCCGGACAGCGCCCAGCGACCCUGGACAGACCCCAGGGCGACUCCAGGCACACACCAGCCCGGACGCGCCCCCUGCCGGCGGGCAGCGGGGGCCGAGGGCGCCCCGGAGGCUGGGGCAUGCUUGGCCCGCGUUAUGGCCUCGGCAGUGUUUGAGGGCACCUCUCUUGUGAACAUGUUCGUACGCGGCUGCUGGGUGAACGGCAUUCGCAGGCUCAUCGUCAGCCGGCGCGGCGACGAGGAGGAGUUCUUCGAGAUCCGCACGGAGUGGUCGGACCGAAGCGUGCUUUACCUGCACCGCAGCUUCGCCGACUUGGGCCGCUUGUGGCAGCGGCUCCGGGACGCCUUCCCCGAGGACCGGCCGGAGCUGGCGCGCGCGCCACUGCGCCAAGGACUGGUCGCCAUAAAGGAUGCCCAUGAUAUAGAGACCAGGCUCAAUGAGGUGGAGAAGUUGCUGAAGACCAUCAUAAGCAUGCCAUGUAAGUAUUCUAGGUCAGAAGUUGUGCUCACCUUCUUUGAAAGAUCUCCUCUGGAUCAGGUGUUAAAAAAUGACAAUGUACAUAAAAUUCAACCCAGCUUUCAAAGUCCGGUGAAAAUAUCAGAAAUCAUGAGGUCCAAUGGAUUUUGUUUAGCCAAUACAGAAACUAUUGUUAUUGACCACAGUAUACCAAACAGAAAAGAGCAGCACCUGGGUGUGGAUUCGGCAGAGCAUUUGUUUGAGAAUGGCAGUGAGUUUACCUCAGAGCUGGAGGAUGGUGAUGACCCAGCAUCAUAUGACACCAACCUUUCCUAUUACCACCUGGUCCCCUUUGAGACGGACAUUUUGGACUGAGCCUUCAGGGGGCCCCUUCAUCCCCAGGCUUCAGUUGCUGCUGGUUCUGCUGCUGUUCACCGCUUUGGCUCCAGGCCUGGGCCCUGAGGUGCCUGUGUUGACUAAGCAUGGCUCUGCUGCCAUGCUCCACUCAGCACCCUGCAUCAAUGGGGCCUGGUAUUCUGAGAGUGGAUCAGUGGAGUUUUCUGCGGUUAGGACCAACCUCAAGGUCUCCAACAACAGGAGUCAGGUCUCGGGAGUCCACGAAGCCUGCUGCUACGGACAGAUCUUCUCUUUCCCCCGCAAAUUGCCAGCCUGUUUCAGCCUUCCUGAGACUAGCUCCUCACAGUGUUUGGAGGAGCCACAAGUGCCUGCAGGAUGUCUCAGUGCAAGGGCAGAAUACCUAGGGUCUUUCUGGGUUCCUCCUCUCCUGUGAUCACUUCCUGGAAAGGAGCCUUUCUCUUGGUACAGUGGCUCAGGGCCCGCCGGACCCCCCACAUUCCCUGCCAUCCCUGCCAUCACAACCACACAAAACAACCCAUGUGAGAUUUUGUUGAGUCGACAAGUUCUUGACAACAUAGGCAGGGUAUGUUAAGUAAUCAGCAUUUUCUUAGGAACCAGGAUGGGUGGCUUUUGUUUCUUAUUUUCAUCUUUUAUCUGGAAACUGUGGGCUAGCUUUGUGUCAGCCAAAGGAGGUGUGAAUUGUGAAUAGGGACAAGGACUGUAGAAAUCAUUGACUGUCAGGUGCUUAUAUAAGCUGACCCUGAGUUAAAAAUGCUCCAGUAGAGGAAGAGAAUCCCUGCCUAGCCUGCCAGCAUAUCUGCAGAGUAGCAGUGCUUUAGCCAUCCUGGGUAUCAGAGGUUCAGCUCUCCUGCUGGUUACCCAGCUCUCAAUGAUAAAAUUGCCAUAUUAACAUGAAAGGGUGGGAAUGAGAGGAAGGCCACUCACUCAGCCUGCCUAUCACCAUUUGCCCUCAGGGAGGGGCUGGGCUCUGCGUGCUUCUGUCCUUUUAAGUCUUCACAGUGUCUACUAAGGACCAACAUUUGCUAAUGUAAAUAAUAGUAAAUUAUUGAGAAUCCUAAUUCUUUUACACAGUCUGUUUUUUAAUCUAUUUUAAUUAAAUAAAAUUUAUUA